GUUGCUCGGGCGUCAGGUGUUUACACGAUCGCGUGCCGCACUUUUAUCUCGUGUUGCUGCUCCACCGGAAUACCUUCCACGAUGGACACCGCCAGGCUGGUGGGUGUCAAAGCAGCCAUGCGGAGGAGAAGACAUUGACGUUCGGUGGCUGAUAGGAGGAGGAGGAGGGGGAGGAGGAGGAGGUAGCCAUGGCCAUGCGGGGCGCAAGGGGCACCCCCACGGGGCUGCCCCAGGCCAUGAGCCCCGAAAGUGCUUUGGCCUCGGACAUCUUCGACCAGUUCGUGUCCGCCGGCACCUUCAAGGCGGCCCUGUCCACCUACCGGCAGAUGUGCGACGUGCUUCAGCUGAGCCCGUCGCCGCUGCCGGUGUUCUACCCGCGGCUCAAGGUGAAGCUACGCUCGUGGCGAGCUGCCUCGCUCUGGACCAAGUUGGACAAGCGCGCGGCUCACAAAUGUUACAACCGAGGAAAGGCCUGUGCGGGCAUGCGGGUUCUGAUCAUCGGAGGCGGUCCGUGCGGCCUCCGCACAGCCAUCGAGGCACAGCUGUUGGGUGCCAAGGUGGUCGUGCUGGAGAAGCGGGACCGUUACUCACGCAACAACGUCCUCCACCUGUGGCCCUUCGUCAUCCAUGACCUUCGCAGCCUCGGGGCCAAGAAGUUCUUUGGAAAGUUCUGCGCCGGGUCCAUAGACCACAUCAGCAUCAGGCAGUUGCAGCUGAUUCUCCUCAAGAUUGCCCUUCUCCUAGGGGUCGAAGUUCAUGAGAAUGUGACCUUCAGGGACCUUCUCGAGCCACCCGAAGACCAAAGUAUGGAAAAAAUUGGGUGGCGGGCUCAAGUAAUACCUGCCGAUCAUCCAGCAUCUCAGUACGAGUUCGACGUGCUGAUCGGGGCUGAUGGAAAACGAAACACGCUCAAGGGGUUCAACCGGAGAGAGUUCCGAGGCAAGCUUGCCAUCGCCAUCACCGCCAACUUCAUGAACCGGCACACUCUGGAAGAAGCACGUGUACAGGAAAUUUCAGGGGUGGCCUUCAUCUUCAACCAGAGGUUCUUUCAGGAUAUGAAAGAGAGCACAGGUAUUGACCUGGAGAACAUUGUGUACUAUAAGGACGACACGCACUACUUUGUGAUGACUGCCAAGAAGCAGAGCCUGCUGGAACGAGGAGUCAUCAUCAACGACUACAGUGAUACUGCACGGCUACUGUCACCCGACAACGUGGACCGAAGUGCCCUAAAAGAGUACGCGAGGGACGCUGCCGACUUUGCCACGGGCUACGCACUACCAUGUCUUGAAUUUGCCGUCAACCACUACGGUCAGCCGGACGUGGCAAUGUUUGACUUCACCUCUAUGUACGCAGCAGACAAUGCCAGCCGUCUUCUCGAACGGCACGGCCACUGGCUGCUUCAGGGGCUUGUCGGCGACAGUCUUCUGGAGCCUUUCUGGCCCACGGGAUCGGGUUGUGCUCGGGGUUUCCUGAGCUCCCUGGACGCAGCCUGGAUGAUUCGCUCAUGGGCGGCCAACAGGGAUUCUCCGCUUCAUGUUCUUGCCGAGCGGGAGUCCAUCUACCGGCUACUUGCACAAACGACGCCCGAGAACCUGAGCAAGGACAUGGCCGAGUACAGCCUCAACCCAAGCUCGCGGUACCCUAACCUGAACCUGCAGACGGUGCUGCCGUCGCAGGUGCGUGCCCUGUGCCGCACCGACAUAGAAAUCAAGCUGCCGCCCCCAGGUCCACGGCUACUCAGCGACAUGCAGCGCAAGCGGCGGCGCAGAGAGUCCAUCAUCCACCCAGAUGCGCUUCUUUCAUGGUGCCAGAGGCAAGUGGCGCUGUACAGCAAGAUAAAGAUUGAGAACAUGACUUCCUCGUGGAAGGACGGCCUGGCGCUGUGCGCCAUCCUGCACCGAUAUAGGCCGGACCUCAUAGACUUGGACGAGAUGUCGACUGCUGACGUGGCUACAAACAACCAACAGGCCUUCGACAUCCUGGAGCGCGAGUACGGCAUCCCGCCAGUCAUGACCGGCCAGGAGAUGGCCGACUGUGCCGUGCCCGACAAGCUGACCAUGGUGUCUUACAUCUCCCAGAUCUACGAAACCUUCCGACGCGAAAUCCCCCAGGGUCGCCCCGCUUACAAGGUCAGCAAGCUCAUUGAGGAGAACCAGCCACCGCCAACCUCGCCGCUAAACCUACUUGCCAAGCUCACAUCCUCCCAGAGACCGGCAAGCAAGCGAAAGUCGUCGAACGACCACGAACCGGUGAAAGACCGCAGUGAGGGCCAGCGCCGAAGCAGGGUCUCCAUCACCAGAAGUCGACGGACCCGAGAUCGAGUUGCGGACAUCGUGGCCGGCGGCGACGCAGCUACGUUGGAACAGUACCAUAAGAUUCUCUCAGCCAUGGACAAGGAAUCCUUUGGCAAACGAAUGCACGCUCUCCAAGAACAACUCGGCAAGGAAUACAGGCCAUCAUCUCGAGGAAGCCGAGGUCGUCGGAGCGGGCACGUCUCUUCCGCGACGGAAGACGAGAGCAGCUCAGUCACGGGGAAAAUACCGCGGACAGCGGUGGAGCAGCUCCAGGAGCAGCUCAACUCCAUCGGCAAGCCCGUCCCCGUCAAGAAACGGGAGCCCAAGGUGGGCCGCAUCGGCAAGGACGAGUGGAACGUCAAGAUGCUGGAGGAACGACUCAGGCAGCAGCAGAAGCGGCAGAAGGAGCCGAAAGUCGAGCCGGAGAAGCCACAGAUCCUGCGGGACAUCUUCGAGAGCAAGCGCAACAUCAUGGACGCACGGCUCAAGGCGGACGGAAAGGAGACGGAAACCGACCGCGCCCGUUUCACACACAUUGACGAGAGGUUGCAGCAGUUGGACCGGCAGUUGAAGGAAGGAUCGCUCGACGUAGGGAGGCGAGGAGCUAACAGGGUGGCUGCCAUGGCGGACUACAUUGCCAACGUCCUGGACGCUCAGACGGGCCUGAGGGAGAAGAGGCCUCCUCCGCCGCCACCGGUAGUUCUAUAUCGAAGUGACUCCGCAGACGGGAUGAAAACGCCCCCGCUCAAGAAGCCAUCAAUUACGCAGCCAGCUGUGCCAACAGCCAAGCCUGCACCGACUUCUAAACAACCAGUCCCAACACCUACGACUACCAUGUUGACAGAUAGUAGUGGUGACGGUGUCGGUGGUGUUGGUCCUGUUGGUGGUGGUGUUGGUGGUUCUGUGAGUGAGAUCUGCUGCUUCUGCCACAAGCGUGUGUACCUCAUGGAGAGGUUGAGUGCUGAGGGGUUGUUCUUCCACCGGAACUGCUUCCGGUGCGAGUUUUGUCAGUGCAGCCUUCGGCUGGGUAACUAUGCCUACGACAGCACCAUUGCUUUCAAGGGCAAGUUCUACUGCACGGCGCAUUUCCGCAUGGAGAGGCCAAGCCAGCGAUGGCAGGAGAUGAUGAAGCGCAAGCAGGCCUUCCUGUCAGCCAAUCCCGAGCCCCCAUCACUGAUGCCCGCCAAGCCGGCCAACGCCGAGGACACCAACACAGCACUGCACCGAAGGCGUAGCCCGUCCCCUCCCCACGGUGGAGCUGGGGAGGGCAUGGAGGACCCCACAAAGAUGGAGGAAGUCCGGUCGCCUCCGGCAGGAACUGAUGCUGGUGUCGUAACAUUUCAGCCCAAGACUUACAAGACUCCACGCCAGCUGUCGGCUGAAGAAAUGGCCACCCUGGUGGACGUGGACAGCACGCCCGAACGGGUGGAGUUUGAGAACACGCUGGAGCUGCUCUCUGAGGACGAGCUGCUCACGAGUGAGCUUGAGGAGGAGGAGCUUGCCCAGAAGAACCUUGGUGCUGUCGAAGUGCCUACCAGCGACGACGAGUACUCGGACUACAGCUCUGAUGAGGGCUCCGACUCGGAGAGCCUAGUGGAGGAGAUCGAGCACUCGUUGAAUCUGGACGACACGCGGCACAUGGCCGAGACCUGGCAGCGCAAGCACGCCUCUUCCCUGGACGUGGCCACCGGCGUUCAAGAGGAGGUUGGCAAUGGCGUUGCGCUGCCCCGAAGCCCCACAAAGUCUCCCGGAGCAGACGACGAAGAAGAAAGCGACGAGGAUGAAGAGGAGACAAGCACAGAAGGAGAAGACUACGAUGAAGAGGAAGAAGAAGAUGAAGAAGAUGAAACGGAAACUGAAACUGGCGAUGAAGACGCAACGAGUCACGAUGUUGACAGCGACGAGGAGUACAGUCCUCCUGAAGUGCUCUCUGAUGAUGAACAUGGAAGGGCAGUGUCAGCUCAAGUCUGCGAGAAUGGGAAGGAGGCUGUGGUCUCAGUACCGGUUCCCAUUCUCAACAUUGACAAAGGAGCAGGCGAACAAAAAAGCUCCACCGAUGACGAAUACAUUUCGGAUGAAGAAGGCAUUACGAUGAGUUCUUCCGAUGUGUCAUCCGAGUCAGAGGAAGAACCACCGCCCCCAAAACAUGAGAUUCCUGUGAUCGUCAUUGACACUCCGCCGGGCGAUCAAGACACUGAACUCGACUGGGGUCCCAAAGAAGUGCGAGCUGCCUUGGGUCAAGUAGAUAACGACACCUCAGAACAUGAAGCGGAUGAAAUCAUCAACGAAGCUGCACAUUUAGGUACAAGCACAGUGCCUGAGGGCAUGCUCGGUGAAGAGCAGACGACACCUGUCAGUCCCCGGUCGAGUCCCCAGACGUCCAGCGAUCAACUCUCGGUACAGAAAUCUGCAGAGUUGUCAAGGUCAGCCGAAAGCUUAGUAAAUGCCAGUGUCUCCUCAGGUUUGUCCUCUUCAUCCAACGUGGACAAGUUCUCGGAGCCCGUUCAUGCUGCCGGAGAGGCAGUUCCUGCCAUCGUGGAAAGCCUGGAGUCACCGUCUCUUACGGACGUCUCUGAUGUAAGUGCUGCAACAGGCACAGCUCCAUCUAGUGCUACGACAUCUUCGAACGUAGAUCGCUCACCUAGGGAAGGCAAGUUAGGCUACGACCUCCUUUUAGAUCGUGCUGGCUCAAGUGGAAGCUCGCCGUUGCCCACUCCUGAGAGAGAGGUGGGGGCAGCAUUUGAAUCGGAUGGCGACGUCUCUUCCGAGUCGUCUGCAAUGAGAUUUGGGAAAUUGACUCGUCGUGAAAGUGAAGCCAGCUCUUCAAUCGCCUCAUCAUCUCAUCGCUCAAUGUCCAGCACAGGGGAUGGAAAGUCAUCAGGAGCAGAUGAUUCCAGCUCUGAGGAGCACGGACCUCUUGUUCUGAAGGAACACUCACCAGAUGUUGCAAGGACACCGCUCGAAGGAAUGCAAGCGUGCAUGUCCUUUGGCCACAAGGACAUUUCAAGGACUGCUUCUGGAGAGCCAGAGUUGUCCGAAGGGGCUCUUCUCCAAGUCUCUACAACUACCCUGUCGGAUCGCCCAGACUCGUCCGAAACGUCAACCACAGACACCUGUGAAGAAGCAACAGUUGUUCACCGCCAGCCACUCCAGGAAGAUGAUAGAGAUGUGUCACCAACGGGAUCUUUACUGGACCAUGUGGCUCCUGGCAUCCACGUCGUUCAAUUCUUGGAAGGCAAGGGAGAAUGUGCCAUUGACACUAUGGAGCUGGUACACCCCAUUGCCAGUUUUAAUGAAGAGAGCCUAGGUGUUCUUCAGUUUGUGCCAACAAAACCGGAAAGUCCAAUUGGAACGGAUCACAUACAGGCAGUUGAGCAAGAAGCAAGUACUGCAAGUGAAGGAGGUAGUCAGAAAGUAGCUGACAGAACAAAGCUCGCCCUUGACUUGAACAAAGAAGAGCCACCAGCGCCAAAGGUAGAAACGCCAGACAUUCUUUCGCCGCGAAGCGACAUCACUGACGAGGACACAACAUGCUCAGCAUCUAUCAGUGACCAGGAGGUGUUUCCCACCGACGCCGACAAGCUCGUUAUUGUUGAGGACCCCGCAGUGUCGUCUCCUAUCCCACAGCCUGUUCCUAGAGAGUUGCUGCACGCCCCAAUUGCAAGCAUGAGCGACGAAGAUGAUCUCACAGCAUCUGAUCUCAGCAGGAGAGGUUUGCAGCAUGGCAAAUCGGAGCCUUCGGUGUCUAAGAAGACGCUUUUGGAAACGAUGAAGGAGGUUCAGGAGGCAAUGGGUGUUGCAGCUGCUGCGACUCCUGUGGGCCAACAAAGUGAUGGGGAUGAAUUCACAGUCUCUGAGUGGGCCAGAGAAGGUGGUGACAAAGAGUCACUUUCUUUCAUUGAAGAUCUCAAGGCAGAGUUCAGUUUCGACGACAGGAACGUGACGCGCAGGCGCAGGAGAAAGAGGGUGCCAUCUGGCAACAAAGAAAACGCGGAGGAAGCCGUAGAGGCUGUCAACAUCGAUCACCUUAAAACCAGCCAGGAAGCACUGGAUGAACACCUCGUAGGUCACUUGGAGCCUCCUCAACCUAGUAAUGCUGCCUUUACAACCAUCACUGGCGGCCACGAUGUGAAGACCAGUUUGCAUGUUGACUCAACAGUAGCAGAAGUACCUGGGCAUCACAAAGGCCACUCUCCCCUCCGAGAACCACCAAGGUAUCAGGGUUAUGGUGGCUCAUUUGUGGAAAAAGUUCGUAGCCGCUCUAGUGAAGGCACUGGCACUGGCAGCGGUGAGCCUCAGGUACCAUCAGGCGAUGUCAUCUACCUCAGGUCUCUCAACAUCAACUUGCAAAGACUCGACUUCCCCUCCAUCCGUUCCUCAUCACCCAGCAGCCGUGGCUCCUGCGAAGAGCUGGACUCUGACUGUGGACUUACCGUGGCUGGAGGAACGGGGCCGGUGGUUCAGAGUACUCAGCCUCCUGUGGCACACUCCGCACCCAUCAAGAUUGAGAGGCCCGUGAAGAGUGCUGACCCACGGAUCCGUGUUAGGCCUAACCAAUUUCCAGAGAGCUUCCCUGUGUCAUCGACGCCACUGCGUCCUUGUGCUGAUCCAGUGACAGCCAUGCUGAUGAGCCGGAGAGAACAGCUGGCCCGCAAGAGCGUGCAUGAAGACAUACAGAAUUUGCCUUACUUUGACAGUCUUAGUCUGGCCGGUGACUUUGACGACUUCAAGACACCACCCGAGGCCAACACGCCGACUGAGACUUUUGGUACACCUCCAACCUCGCGUCCCUGUUACCUUUCAGCACUGCAUGCUGCCACCGAUCCCGAAAGGGAAAGAGCGAGGCGCGAAGCCCGUGAACGUGCUAGGCUAAAAAGUGAUGAAGAGCUAGGUCUGAGCCCGUGCAGCUACCGGAAAAAGUAUGCACGCACACCAGCCUUCGAUGAGAUUACGCUUACUGACCUCCUGGACCAAGAAGACGAGACAUUCAAUGCGCUAGACGACAGGUCAUCACUGCGAAGUUUCAGCACAGCUCAGCACAGACUGGCACAGUUCGAAGAUGACGACGAGUUUGGAGGAGGCCUGGACAACAACGGCAAUGACUCCGCCACACCAGUUGCCUCGCCAGCAAGGUCCACAGACGACCUUGAUGGGAUUGAUGACGUGGUUGUAGGCGGCAUAACUCUCAUGGAUCCAUAUCAAAUCCGGGCGGACGUCUGGAAGCCCAAGCCACCGAAGCCCAAGCGACGCCUCUUUGCCAGGAAUGAGGACGACGACCGAAAGACUACACCAUCUCCAGCUGCAUCGACAACUAGGAGAAACCUCUUGUCCUUUUUAGGCUUUAACCGGAGCAGCAGUGGAGGUGACAGCUCAGCUGCAACGACCAAGGAGAAGAAGGAGAGCUACAACCGCGAGAAGGCGGCCAAGGAUGUUGCCGAGAGCGAGAGGAGUAAGAGCUUCUCGAGGCUGCGUUUGUCCAAGACACCACGGCCGGAGAAGUCCUCAUCACCGAAGAAAGCGCCGGCAGCCAAGUCGGACAGCGCACCCUGCUCGACAGAAAGGGUCAACGCCUCACCCGAGCCUGUGGCACCCAAAGCUGCCUCUGUUGUCUCAUCGGUCUCUAGGCAGCACUCGCAUCAACCCCGUCCUGUCGUGCGGGAGGAGAUGAAGAAGCACAUCAGCCUGGACAACCUCAAGUCACAGCCAAUGCAGCUGCCAGCCAAGAGCAGGAGUAUCGAGUUUGGCAUCAUGACUGCACCAAGAGCAACUGGCGAAGAAGACUGCUUUGCAGACUCUGAUGACCGAGACCUUGAUGGAAGUGCCGAAACUGGUGGGACCAGUGACAAGAAAGUCAAGGCCAUCGAUCCACGCAAGCUUGAGCGCCUGACCCUGCGGGUUCAGCGUCAGCAGGAGCGGAAGCGACAGCGGACGGCCCAGGAACUUCAGCGGCGACUCGAGGAGAUCGAAGUGAGCCUGCGCUCCCUGGAGCAUCGGGGAGUCCUCGUGGAGAGGGCGCUACGGGGCGAGGAGGAUGAGGAUGAAGAUCUUCAAGCAGAAGAGAAAGACCUGACACAAGUGCUGUUUCGGUUGAUGCGGCAGAAGAACAAGUUGUCCAGGGAGGAACAAGAACUGCUAAUAAGGGUCAAGGACCUGGAACUAGAGGACCAACAGUCAAAACUGCAGCAGGAGAUGCGUGAACGAAUGGCAAUUGAUGAUGCAGAGAAGUCUCCACGAGACAUUGAGAAGGAGCGGGAAAUCCUCAACGAGAUGCUGGAAAUUGUGGAGAAGCGGGAUCGGCUAGUGGCCCAGAUGGAUCAGCUCAGGAUACGGGAAGAAACGGAGGAGAAGGAGCUCGCCGCCCGCAUCCUCACCCAAGGUGCCACUUGAGAGUGAUUUCUCCUAGGUACACCCAGUCAACGACGCGAAGCUGUCGCCCGAGGAACAAGCCACGUUUUGUCGAGUCAUCUCGGGCUUGCCACUGUUCGACCUGGCCCACUUGCGUCUUGCCAUUAUUGCUCACUCCUUGCCACUAGUGACGCCUGCCUUGGCUACUCACCCAAAGAAGGGCUUUGUUGACAGGCCAGCCAAUGUGAUGCCAUGUGUUGCCAGUGUCAUGGACAGAAAAGGCACACUGCUUGUUCUCUGUCAAUGGGCCAGCUGGUGUGAUGCUAUUGUGAUGCCAGCGAGUCUCCCAGGGUUUUGCUGAGAGGAAGCUUUGCCUUGAACCAAAUUUUUUUCUUCUUUCAGUUAUAAACGGAAAAUAGAGAAAUGGCUUUUCGUAGGCAAGCUCCGUGCAGAUUAUUGCGUUCAAGAAAAUGAAUUGAAAUCAAGUGA